AUGGCUAUCACUGACCAACAAGAUGCGAAUUCUGCUAAUACGAGUACCACGAUACCUCCGAGUACGGGAAUUGAUCCAAGUGAUCCCCUGUAUUUGCACCCUUCCGAUAAUCCUGGUGCAAUGCUUAUAUCUGUCCCAUUUGAUGGGAUAGGAUAUAGAUCCUGGAGGCGUAGUGUUCUUCGUGGAUUGUCCGUAAAGAACAAAUUAGGUCUUGUUAGUGGGGAAUGCAAACAACCAAGUCUGCAAUCCCCAAAUUAUAGGCAGUGGGAACGAUGUGAUAACAUGGUAACGUCAUGGAUCUUAAACUCUCUUUCCAAAGAGAUUGCGGAUAGUGUGGAAUAUGCGAGUGAUGCUGUUGAAUUAUGGAAGGAGCUGGAGGAUCGCUAUGAACAAACCAAUGGAGCUAGGAUGUAUCAAAUUCAGAAGGAAAUCAAUGAUCUCUCUCAAGGAGUCCUUGACAUCACUGGCUAUUACACUAAGCUGAAAAAGCUAUGGGAAGAAUUGAAUACUCUGAACAAAAGGACUCAGUGUAGUUAUGUUUGUAGCUGUGGGGCAAAGGAAGGCAUGUACAAGGCUGAACAAGAUAGAAGAUUAAUACAGUUCCUCAUGGGACUUAAUGAGGUGUAUACUGUAGUUCGAGGAAGACCAAGCCCUUUUAGAACUAAUUUUUUACCAAAUUACAACUACUCUGGAAACAACAGAGGUCGUCCUAUGUGUGAUUUUUGCAAGAGACCAGGCCACACUAGAGAUAAGUGUUACAAACUGCAUGGUUAUCCACAAAAUGGGCAGAACUCUACACGAUAUCCUCAGAGUACUCAGAACUCCAAUCAGAAUUUUAGAUCCAACAGAGGAAAGAGGAUGGUGGCAAAUGUGCAGGGAGUGCCAGCUGAUGCAAUGACAAGCAAGCUUGAUGAAUGUGAUGCCCAAAAUGAGAAUCAGAAUGUGAAUUUGACUAAGGAACAAUAUGGACAACUUGUUAACCUGCUUCAGCGUUUCCAACUUGGCAAUGAUGCAGAGAACUCUAACAACUCAAAUCCUACCAAUACUGUGAACUUUGCAGGUAUUGUUGUUUGCACAUCCUCUAUUGAUUUUGAUAAACUGUCUUGUAGAUGUUUUGAAUCAAAGACUGACACAUGGAUACUAGAUUCAGGAGCAUCAAACCACAUCACCUUUAACAAAUCUAUACUGUCUGAUAUUGUAACCUUGCCUUAUCCUCUUUUAGUUGUUUUACCAAAUGGCUAUAAAGUGAAGGUGACAGAAAUUGGAAAUGUAAAACUUGCACCUGAGAUCACUCUAUAUAAAGUUCUUCACAUUCCUUCAUUCAAAUUCAAUCUUGUUUCUGUAUACUGGUUGAGCAAACACUUAAGAGGUAUGACUUCUUUCACUGACAACACUUGUCUUCUACAGGCCCCUUCACUGAAGAGGCCUCUGGAGAUUGGUAAAGUCAAGGAUGGAUUGUACCUGUUGUGCUCUCAAUGCCUAAGAAACAAAAGUCUGACUAGCAAAACUACUGUUUGUCCUUCUACUCAUUCCUGUGAUGUAAAUAGUCAUUUCUUGAACAACUUGCAUCCUUAUGCAUCUGCUGGGACAUGUGCCCUUUGUGAAAAUGAGGGAAAUAUCCUCCAUACCAGGUAUCCCUUUGGCACAAAAGGUUACAAAGUAUUGAAUUUAGCCACCAAAAGAAUCCAUAUUUCCAGAGAUGUAGUAUUCCAUGAAUCUGUUUUCCCCUUCACUUUCAAUUCCAAGUCUCCCUCUUUUCCUUCAACUCUUCAUCCACCUCCUCCCAGUCCCACAGUUGAGACCAACACAGAGCCACCCUCAGGAGGAACUGUGAGUGAUCAAAGGAAUGCAUGCAAUACACCCAAUGCUAUGUCACCUUCUCUUGCCACUCCUUCUUCUACUGAUCAUUUACACUUUUCACCUUCACCUGCCCCUGCAGACUCAUCACCAACACAGAAUGCUUCCACCCCACAUAUCUCUAACUCACCUCCAACACAGUAUACUCUUGAUCCAAUUCCACCCUUGAAAAGGUCAUUAAGAGAACAUAAAACACCUACAUACCUGAAAGAUUACAUAUACUCUGUGCAUCAACCUGCCUUACAUGAACAAACAUAUGCACCUAAACAUUCUGAUUUUUCUCUGGAUGCAUUAUUUUCUAAACAUCAUUACAUUUCUGCUAACACUCUAGUCCAUGAUAGUCAGUCUUUGGUGAGUAGCAUAUGCAAUAAUAGUGAACCAUCUUCUUUUGAGGAAGCUGCCAUCAAUCCUGCUUGGCAAACAACUAUGGUUCAGGAAUUUGAAGCCCUUUAUGCCAAUAACACAUGGGACUUGGUACCACUGCCCCCUGGGAAGAAGGCAAUUGGAUGCAGGUGGGUUUACAAAGUGAAACAUAGGGCAGAUGGAUCCAUUGAAAGAUUCAAAGCUAGAUUAGUGGUGAAAAGCUACACACAACAGGCAGGAGUGGAUUACACAGAGACCUUUUCUCCUGUAGUGAAGAUGACUACAGUCAGGACUCUUAUUGCAGUUGCAAGGAAGGGGGACUCAAUUGUGUAUGUAGCAUUUUACGUAGAUGAUGUCCUGUUGACAGGGACAGACCAAUCAGAAAUUGAUCAGUUGAAGUCUUUUCUGCACAACAAAUUUAGAAUCAAGGACCUGGGAAACCUACACUAUUUCUUCGGCUUGGAAGUUCUAUACAAGGCAGAUGGUAUUAUUAUUUCACAAAGAAAAUUUCUCCUUGACUUGCUGAGAGAGUAUGACUGCUUGGAGUACAGUGCUCUUGUUUCACCCCUUGAUCCCAGUGUGAAACUAAGAGCAAAAGAGGGGGUGCCUUUGGCAGAUCCCACUUAUUACAGAAAGCUGCUUGCAGACAUUCUUACCAAGGCUCUCACAGGCAUCAAGCACUCUACUGUUCUAAGCAAGUUGGUUGUGCUUCUCCCACCUCCAACUUGA